UCUGAAGAGCCAGGGGUCACCCAGACCCGUCUGUUCCAGGAGGUGCGCUAAAAUAUUAGAUUAUUAAAAAUAAUUGCAUUGACACUAACAACCUGUAUUGGAUUACUGCACUGCUCAAGCUACAGCUCUUCACUGAGAAUCAAAAUCAGGACAGCUGUCGCAGUCCACACUAGAUGGGACAGAAAUCCCUAAUUGAAUUUUACGUCAAGGGAAUUCUGAAAUCAUGAGCCAGAUGAGUCCUUCUGCCUCACAGGGAGACUCUUCCACUGCCAGAGUGAGCUUCCUCCAUUCAGGAGCGGGAUCGGACACUAACGCCAGGGAUCCUGGGAUCAAACCUAAACUGAGGCCCAAGCCUCUCGUUCUUCCACCGGUUCCUGCGAUUCCAGUCGUAAACCCCAGCAAGCCACGGCAGCCGCACACGAGCUGGGUGCACAGCGCCAAACAGAAAGAGGAAGCUGGUGCUCAGAGCAGAGCGAAAGAGAGCCGGAGAGCCCAAAGGACGUCCUUUCUGUCUGCUGUCAUCGAGCGGACCUCGAAGCUGUAUGGAUAUACACCUGCGCUGCAUCCCAGCUCCUCCGGGGAGACUCCUGCUGAUAUGACAUCACAUCUGGAUAAGGACGGCCGUGAGGCUUCAACACUGACGGCAGAAGCACAGUCUGUUGCGACACAGACGGCCAUGGUGCCAUCGGCCAGAAUUAGACCUGCAGUUCCUGUGAAGGGAGAAGCAUUUGAUCGGGUCAGCAGCUCCUCUGCACAUGCACAGAGUGUUGCCAAAGCCAAGUACGAGUUUCUCUUUGGAAAGACAGAAGACACAAGCUCAGCGGAUAGUGUCGUCCCUCUGACCCAAGAGAAACAGGAAAGCGGCUCAGGUCUUGACUCGGCUCUUGAUGACGAUGACAUUGAUGAGACGUCCCUCUUCCAGGAGAUCGAUAGGGAGCUGUCGAACCUGUUGAGCGGCCUGACCGCUCGGAGUCAGCAUGCUGCGUCCGGACAGGACUCGAUGUCAGGAGACGCCGCCACUGCCUCACCCAUGAUCCCCUGCAACGGGCAAGACGAAACCCCACCGUCUCAGCUGGAUAUGGCCAAGCAAGGCCUGGACAUUCAGAACGGCCAGUCUGAGUUAGCAGGAGACUCCCUGCUGUUUGACUCGUGGUGCGAGGCACUCAUAAAGGACCCCAGCUCAGUUAUGGCAGCCGCAAACGAGCUGAGCUGCUUCAGCUCUGGGCCCAGUCGAGACCCCAGGAAUGCACCAGCCUGCCAAAAUAAACCUGACACCAGCCCGACUCCAGCUGCAUCACAUGGGGAGCAGCCCUCAGAGGUGCCCUCCCAAGAAAGCGCUGGAAAGGAGAUGGAGGGCAAGAGGGCCGGGUCACCCUCGCCCAGUAGGACAGACGACGACCCCUCGGCAGAACUGGCAGACGAAUCUCUAGAGGAAUCCAGUAAAAUUCUGGCCGAGAUCCCGGGCAUCUUUAGCGGCUUUCUGGAGGGGGGCAAACUGCGGGACAAGCCGCCGAAGAAACUGCGGUUUGUGGAGAGCAGGGCGGAAAGCCUCGUGAAUGGAGAGAUGCAGAACGGAAGGCACCAGAGCUGCAGUGUGAAAGAGGAAGUGACACCGGACACGCAGCAUACAGAAGCCACAGGAGUGCCACAGGGGCGUGUGCUGAGACCCGAUCACAAACCAGCAGAGAACGGCUCAGACAGGUGUUCUGAAGGUAAAUCUGCUGCAGGUAAGAGUGACGCCACAGAUGUCUUCAGCUGCCAGUUUGAGAGCAUCCUGGAGUCGGAGCGUCUGCGAGGGACUCUCUACAGUAGCAUGGACUCGCUGGACGAGCUGUCCAACCCUGCACCUGAACCCAGCUCUCACAGCACUCCAGGAGCCUCGUUUGCCUUCGACAUUCCCCUCACUCCCAUGAUCCAGCAGCGACUCAAGGACAGAAGUCUGUUCCUGAGCUCAGACGCUGAGGUGUUGAGCGUCGCCGCCACGAAGGAGAGCGGCCGGGCAGCUCUGGAGGUGACCUCUUCUUUUCUCUCCGCGGGCUGCGAGGACGCAGGAGCAGCUCUAGCAAACGGUUUAAACGACAGAGACCCUAGAGACUGGCUGCAGGGCUGUUUAAGCAGCGAUGCAGGGCUGAAAGACGCGCUUUCGGACUGGGACUCAGACAUGGAUGGUGUGGAAAGUCUUAAGGACACAGAUGUUCUUCACAAUGGCAGCCGAAGCGACCAGGAAGCUGCUCGACGUCUGGCCAGACGGCUCUACCACCUGGAGGGCUUCCGGCGCUCGGACGUCGCCAAACAUCUGGGCAAGAAUAAUGACUUCAGUAAGAUGGUUGCAGAAGAGUACCUCAAAUUCUUUGAGUUUACAGACAUGACAUUGGACCAAUCACUCAGAUGUUUUCUGAAAGCAUUCUCACUAAUGGGCGAGACUCAGGAGAGAGAGCGCGUGUUAAUUCAUUUCUCUAAUCGGUACUAUCAGUGUAAUCCCACCAUCAUCACUGCACAAGAUGGAGUUCAUUGCCUUACCUGUGCGCUAAUGCUGCUCAACACUGACCUUCAUGGCCCGAAUAUCGGGAAGAAGAUGACGUGCCAGGAAUUCAUCAAUAACCUGGAUGGACUCAAUGAAGGACAAGAUUUCCCCCGGGAGCUGCUGAAGUUGUUGUAUAACUCCAUCAAGAACGAGAAGCUGGAAUGGGCAGUUGAUGGAGAUGAGCUGAAGAAGUCUCUGUCUGAGCUGGCGGAUAAGAACCAUCACUCUCACACUAAGAGCAUCAGUCGCAUCAGCAGCGGCAGUAACCCGUUCCUGGACAUUGCCCAUGACCCCAACGCCGCUGUCUACAAAACUGGCUUCCUGGCCCGCAAAAUCCACGCUGACAUGGACGGGAAGAAAACACCGAGAGGGAAACGAGGCUGGAAAACCUUCUAUGCUGUUCUCAAAGGCAUGAUCCUCUAUUUGCAGAAGGAUGAGUAUAAGCCGGAGAAGGCCCUGUCAGAGGACGAUCUGAAGAACGCCAUCAGCGUGCAUCAUGCUCUCGCCAUCAAGGCUAUGGACUACGAGAAGAAGCCCAAUGUCCUCAAACUCAAGACUGCUGACUGGAGAGUGUUCCUCUUCCAGGCCCAGAGCCCUGAGGAAAUGGAGUCCUGGAUUAGAAUAAUCAACUCGGUGGCGGCCAUGUUUUCCGCCCCGUCCUUCCCGGCUGCCAUCGGCUCACAGAAGAAAUUCAGCCGCCCGCUGCUGCCGGCGACCACCACCCGCAUGUCUCAGGAAGAGCAGCUCAAGUCCCACGAGGCAAAGCUGAAGCACGUCUCUACAGAAUUAGCCGAGCACAGAUCCUACCCUCCAGAUAAGAAGGUCAAAGCCAAAGAGAUCGAUGAGUACCGCUUGAAGGAGCACUACCUGGAAUUUGAGGAGAGCCGUUACGAGAUGUACGUCAAGCUCCUGAAAGAGGGUGUGAAAGAGCUCCUGACGGCCCGGGACGGUGACGCGGCGCUGAAGAAGUCUCAGUCCAGCCCAUCUCUCAACCAGGAGUCCCAACCGGCCGCCGCUAAAGUCAAGCGCAACACUUCCGAGCGGAAGGACUACCGGCCCGAAACACCCAAGGUCACAUAGGCAGUCUCCUGCUUCCUGUCAGAGAGCCAUUGUAUAUCACGCGUGACUGUAUUUUGAUGUAAUUUAUUUAUCUGCCGACAGUUGUAUCAGAAAACAUUUGUGUAAAAUGUAAAUUGAUCAAUUGGUUGGAAGUUGUAAAUCUCUAGGUCUCCCUUGACCAGCCGGUGCUUGUGGAGCAAAUAGUGUGGUUUUCUUUUUUUAUUCGUUAGCGUGUAAAGAUCUUGUGGUUGCACUUUAUUUUACAGUACGCACGUUUGUGGAAAUGACUGAGUAAUGUGAGGUAACUACAUGGGUUAGGUUAGGUUUAGGGUUAGAUUCAGUGUUAAAGGGUUAGUUCACACAGAAAUUGAAAUGCUGUCGUUAAUUACUCACCCUCACGUCGUUCCAAACCCGAAAGACCUUCGUUCAUCUUCAGAACACAGAUUAAGAUAUUUUUGAUGCAUUGGAUACUCUCCAAAAUGGCACUAUUGGGUGACGUGGAGGAGACGAAUUGUUAAAUAAAGUCGUUAUUUUUGUUUUUUUUUCUGCACAAAAAGUAUUUUCGUAGCUUCGUAAAAUUGCAGUUGAACCCAUGAUGCCACAUUUACCGAUGUCCUUGCUACGUUUCUGUGCGUUGUUCGUGGUUAUAUCCUUGCUGUCUAUGGGAGGGUCAGAGAGCUCUCGGAAUGCAUCAAAAAUGAUUCCCGAAGAUGAACGGAGGUCUUACGGGUUUGGAACAACAUGAGGGAGAGUAAUUAAUGACAGAAUUUUCAUUUUUGGGUGAACUAUCCCUUUAAUGCCUAGUUAUUACCCAGUUACACUCUUAAAAAUAAAGGUUCUUUAUUGGCAUCAAUGGUUCUAAGAACCUUGAACAUCCAUGGAACCUUUCAAAUGCAGAAAAGGUUCUUUAGGUUUUAAAAAUGUUCUUCAAAAUGGUUCUUUUAGGAACUGUUCACUGAAAGGUACUUUGGGGAACUGCAAAAACCUUUAUUUUUAAGAGUGUGUUACUAUAGUAAGAGGACUGUAAAAUAAAGUGCCGCUGCAUUCGUUCUGAGAACAUGACCGUCUCUUGAUUGUGCUGUUCCCCUAAUUUGCUUUUCCUUCGAGAGAAGUAUUUUCUUCAAGUGGAAACGUCCACUUACAUAUGCUAGGCAGUAGAUAUAGUCUCACUCGGAGCGUUAAUUCUUAUUUUAAUAGACGAAUAAACGGCGGAUCUGAGCUGACAGCAGAGAGAGGGGUCGUUUUUAGGAUCCUUCAGGAUUUCAAUGCAUGGAUAUGAUGCAGGAUUUAUCACGAUACCUUUCGUUUUCGAUGUACUAACCACCUACUAACAAACCACCGAAUUCUCAGUGUAAUAUCUACUCACACGCGCGUGUUAAUGGAUCGUACCAGCAUGUCGCAGCAAUGGACCGAAACUCUAAAUAGAUUAUUUUCUAAUGAUGAUUUCGAGGUACUUGCUGAGUUACGGCAUUUCAGACUGCAAGAUUAGAUGAUGAUGUUCGCAUUAACGUCAUCGGCUGCGCAGUUUGUGCCAUUUAUUUUUUUAUCUGUUUGUUGAAGUAAAGAGUAUACUUCUGCUUUUUCAGUAGUGUAAAUGCCAAUGCUCCUUUUGUGUAUUUUAUAAACUUCUAUAUUUGAAUUUUUAAUUCUUAGUUCAGAACAUUAUUGUUGUAAAGAUGACAGUAGUAUUUAUAGUGCACUUUAUUAGUUCUUUUGACUCUUUUAGAGAGCUUUAUAAAGGGUAGUGAUAUGUUACUUCAUUAUACAGGUUUUUCAAGCAUAACCAAAUCUGUGGUUGAUUUCAUUGAAGGUACACAGCCGAAGGUACAUUUUCACUCGUGUAAAGUCGUGUUAGUUUGUCUGUGCUCCUGUAUUUUUGCCGUCGUGUUUAGGUUGUUCGAAUACAGAGGUUUCUAGAGGAAUUGAGAGCGUUUCAGUUGCUGACCUUGAAUCUAAGAUGUCAUUUUCAUUACAGAAAAAAACCCCGACGUGAACACUAUACGAACGUUCAACACUGUUUUUGCACACCAACAAAGCCGGAUCUAUUUACUUAUUUGAUCGUUUGAAGGUUUAAAAGGAAUCUAUAUGAAAAGCUUUUCACAUUUACAGAUAUUAGUUUGAGUCCUUUCAGUCUAUUAUGGCGUUUUGUUUACUUGAAAUAUUUUUAAGGACACUUUAUUUUGUUAGAAUUUGACAAAUAGAAAGAAUUUGUUCAUAUCUGCAUUGUAUUUUUUUUGUCUUAACAAGCUUGUUUGUUUUUAUUCUCGCUGUGAAAUUGCAGGACGUAUUAUUUCUCUUGUCCAGUUCUGAACACAGAAGCACUUAGAUAAUGUUUAUUUUUAUUUAUUUGUUGCUACUUUUAGAACAAAAGCUGCAUUACUUUUCAGCAGUAUUUACAGUACACACUUAGUAAUGAAUACUACAAACUGUCAUCAGUGUGAAUGGUAAUAUGAAGAGAUGUACUCUUCCUUUUAUGUGCUUUAUAUGUUUGAUGUUCGCCGCUUUUCCAGACCAAAUAGUUUCCUGUGACAUGUAACUCUGGCACUAACCCUUUAACAGCGCACGUCCUACACAGACUGAGUACUUUAAAAUAGUAAUUCCAUUUGUUAUUAUUUUACAUAGAAUGCAGAAAAUGAUUGGAAAAAAAAGUCUAUAGAUAAAAGAUAGGGGCAUGCAAGUGCACUUUAGGGUUUCAAAAUAAAAACAACAACAACUCAUUCAAAAGUGAGGCUUGCAUAAUUACAAGCAGUUACGAGUUUUGAAAUGUAUUUCUUUGUCAUGCUAAUAUUUUGACUGGAACACUCACAUUGUUUUUGGCUUUUGUUUGUGAAUCUCCUCUGGGUGCAGACUGCUCAUGUUUACCGUGAUGUAUGCCACAACUCAACUGAACUUGAUUGUAAACAUUACGACUUGUCAGUUUUUCCUCCAGCCUUGUCAUCUUUGUGCGUUUACUUUGGCUAACCCUGUAAGGUAUGAUCUCCUUUCAAAAUGCAAUUGUGUGAGUACUGAAGGAGAGCAGCUGGUUUUAAUGCGCCUUAGCCAUCAGUUGGACCGUUUGGUGUCCAAACUCAGAUCUCGUGAAUACCUUUUUUAGCUGUGAUCCUGUACUACUCCUUUAAAUCUGUAAAUGUUGUUAAAUAUGCCUGUUGCCCUGUGUUCAGAAGACUGGAUGUGUUGGUUGUGAUCUCUUGGCAUGAGCGUGUCUUACGCCUGCCCACAAAGAUCAGGGACACAAUGUUGGCUUCAGUGAAUAAAAUACUGUAUUUAAUCGUU